AUGGGGAACUGCGUGGCGAGCGGGGGCACGACGACGGUCACGGCGGCCGGUGCUGCAGGGGAGGACGGGAGGCGGCGGGGGAGGAGGUGGAAGGCGCCGCGGGAGGAGCAGCUCGGUUCGGUCCCCGGCCGGAUCUUCUCCAACGACGGCCGCAGCCGCACCGCCGCCGUGUUCACGCAGCAGGGGCGUAAGGGGAUCAAUCAGGACGCCAUGCUCGUCUGGGAUGGGUUCGGCGGGGAGGACGACGUCGUGCUGUGUGGGGUGUUCGACGGGCACGGCCCGCACGGCCACCUAGUGGCGCGCAGGGUCCGCGAUGCGCUGCCGCUGAAGCUCAUGUCCGCGGUGCGCGCGUCCAAGGCUGGCUUGGACAUGCCCGCCGCCGCGUGGAGGAAGGCCUUUGCGAGCACCUACAAGGCCAUGGACAAGGAUCUUCGCUCCCACGCCAUCCUAGAUUGCUUCUGCAGCGGCAGCACCGCCGUCACCGUCCUCAAGCUCGGCUCGGAUCUCUACAUGGCCAACAUUGGUGACUCACGCGCCGUGCUAGGCUCGAGGGACAGUGGCGGCGGUGGCGGCAUGGUAGCCGUGCAACUGACUGUUGACCUCAAACCGGAUGUUCCCAGCGAGGCAGAACGGAUCAAGAAGUGCAGGGGCAGGGUAUUUGCUCUGCAGGACGAACCGGAGGUGCCGCGGGUCUGGCUGCCGUUCGACGACGCGCCAGGCCUGGCAAUGGCCCGGGCGUUUGGUGACUUCUGCCUCAAGGAUUAUGGUGUCAUUUCGGUUCCAGAGUUCUUCCAUUGGUCGCUCACAGAGAAGGACCAGUUCGUCAUCCUUGCAUCAGAUGGGGUGUGGGAUGUCCUUAGCAACCAGGAGGCUGUUGACAUUGUGGCAUCAUCCCCAAGCCGAUCAAAGGCUGCAAAAUCCCUUGUCGAGGCCGCUGCUCGUGAAUGGAAAACCAAGUACCCGACAUCAAAGAUCGAUGACUGUGCAGUGGUUUGCCUAUAUUUGGAUGGCAAAAUGGACCAUGAACGUGACUCGACGGCCUCCAUGGACAACAUCAGCCUCGACGAAGGUUCAGUCGCAGACCCAAAUGAAGCUCAGGAGCAGGAGCCAGCGCUGACCCGCAACUUCACGGUCAGGACAGUAGCCGGAAGCGCCCAUGAGAAGGCACUGUCGGGGGCGAUAGAUGCUGUUGUCGCCGGCGCAGCCCACGAUCAGAAUUGGUCGGGCCUUGAUGGAGUGACGCGGGUGAACUCGCUCGUGCAGCUUCCCAGGUUCUCCGAGGAGAAGGCGAUUGGCUGA